AUGGCGGUUAUAAAUCAACCCAAUAGUCAGAUAAGGUUAACAAAUGUGUCCUUAGUGCGAAUGAAGAAGGGUAAGAAACGAUUUGAAAUUGCAUGCUAUCAAAAUAAGGUUCAGGAUUGGAGACAGAAAAUUGAAAAGGACCUAGAUGAAGUAUUACAGAUUCCACAGGUUUUCAUCAAUGUAUCCAAGGGACAAGUCGCUAAUAACGACGAUUUGAUGAAGGCUUUCAAUACCACAGACCAAGAUCAAAUAGUGUUGGAGAUUUUAAAUAAAGGUGAGAUUCAAUUGAAUGAGAAGGAAAGAAAUGCAAACUUGGAACAAAAACAGAAUGAGUUUUUGAAUAUAAUAUCGACGAAAUGUAUAAAUCCAAGAUCUAAAAAGAGGUACCCUCCUACCAUGAUUGAAAAGGCUUUAAACGAGGUCAAGUUCCAUUUGAAUCCAGCGAAAGCAACCAAGACCCAGGCUUUGGAUGCCAUUAAGGUGCUAGUCGAAAAACAAAUAAUACCUAUAGCAAGGGCCCAAAUGAAGAUAAAAAUAACUCUAACUAAAAAGGCGUAUCAAAAAGUGUAUGAGAACGAAAUCAAGCCUAAGAUAGACCAUUUGGAAGAGUUGGAUAAUAAUGGAAAGCACUACGAAAUCACUGGAAUCAUUGACCCAAUUAAUUAUAGAGUUUUGGUGACGUUGUUAGAGGAGAAAGAUUUAAAGAAUGAAGCAUCCUUGGAAGUUUUAGAUAUGUCGGCCAUUAAGGAAACAUAA